ACUGGCACUAUGGGCAGGCGCUACCCGGGGGCUCACUAUCGGCCAAGCAGCUCGUAUUUCAAAUUAUAAUCUAUUUCCUGAUGCAUUGCUGACGCCCUGUGAACCAUGUCAGAAGUACUUCCAGUGGACUCCGGCGUGGAGGCGCUGGCGGUGUUUAUGGCCAGCGGCAGCACCACGGACGUUGUGAACCGCAACAGCCCCGCCACCCCCCCCAACACCCUGAACCUGCGCUCCUCCCACAACGAGCUCCUCAAUGCAGAGAUCAGGCACACAGAGGCCAAGAACAGCACUCCUCCAAAAUGCAGGAAAAAAUACGCCCUGACUAACAUUCAGACAGCCAUGGGUCUUUCUGAUCCGGCAGCGCAGCCCCUUCUGGGCAACGGCUCUGCAAAUAUAAAGCUGGUGAAGAAUGGAGAAAACCAGCUCAGGAAAGCUGCAGAGCAAGGACAGCAGGAUCCCAACAAAAACCUCACUACCACUGCGGGCAUAAACGUAACUUCUGAGAAGUUUGAAGGCAAAGAGCCGAUCCCGCAGGAUUCCUCUGGCUGUGAAAUAUUGCCCUCGCAGCCAAGGAGGACCAAGAGCUUCCUGAAUUACUAUGCGGAUCUAGAGACGUCUGCCAGAGAGCUGGAGCAGAGUUUUGUUGCGAUGGAAGACAAAUCUGCACACAGCAACGGCCAGGCUUCUACUGUUGUUGUCAAUGGGGAGGUCCUGCCCCGGAAACAGAACAAGCUGUCCAGCCCAGAGGAUGGCCAAGUCGCUACGGUGUCGUCAAGUCCCGAGACUAAGAAAGACCACCCAAAAACUGGGGCCAAAACAGAUUGCGCCCUCCAUAGGAUUCAGAACCUGGCCCCGAGCGAUGAGGACUCCAGCUGGACUACGCUGUCCCAGGACAGUGCCUCACCAAGCUCACCUGAUGAAACGG